AUGGCUCUUGUAGGCUACUCAGAUAGCGAAGGCUCUGACUCUGAGUCGCCGAAUGUCGCUCCCGUUCCUGCUGCUUCGAAACCCGCACCCAAGAAAGCAAACUUCCAAAAACUCGUCGACCCAUCUGCGCCACGCAAAAUCAAAGUCGACCUUCCUACAAUACAGCCCGAAGCCGAACCAGAAGCUCCUCCAGCAAAGAAAGCCCGUACCGCCGGCAAGUUUGGUGGCUUCAACUCCUUCCUGCCCGCUCCAAAACGAACCGUCGAAGCCAAAAAGGGCCUAGGGUCUGGCGUCAACCUCAAGACUGGCGCAGAGCCUGCAUUCAGCAGAGAAAGAGUAGAACCUGACCCGGCAGCUUUUGCGCCAAAGGAUACAAGUGAAGAGAUCAAGAAGGAUGCAGACACAUCAUUACCAGCUCCUUUCCAGGACGAGGCACCCAAAGAGGUCAAACCUGUAGGCAACGCUAUGAAGUUCAAGCCAUUGUCUGUCGCCAGGAAGAAGGCUCCCAAGAAGAAGGUUCUGCCAAACGCCGCUCCUGCUGCUCCAUCACCAGUUGCACAACCCGUUGCAGAGCCGCCAAAAGCUCCUGCUCCUAAACCUAAGGUUUCUCUAUUCUCGGUCACCCAAGACGACACAUCAAAUCCCCCCAAUGCCCCUGUGGCAGACUAUCAGCCCUUACUCGCCGAGCCAGCAGCGGCUCCCAUUGAAACGUUCGAACCAGCUGUAUCCGCACCAGCUCCCGUACACUCCGAUCCCAACUCUCUUACUGCCAUUGCCGACGAUCUUGGACUGUCAGCAGGAGAGCGAAGAAGACUGUUCGGCCGCAACAAAGAUGCCGCUGCCUUCGCCAACGUCACACAUCUCAACAUGGAAGAAGAGUACAAUAACAACGAGCAGCUCCGUCUCCAAGGCCAGGCCGUCGAACAUAGAGCUGUCAAGGCUGUCGCUCCAGGAAAGCACAGCUUGCAACAGCUUGUCAAUUCUGCUGCUUCACAGAAAGAGGCAUUGGAAGAUGCUUGGGCUCAGGGUCGUAGGAACAAGGCUGAGGCUGGUAGUCACUAUGGCUUCUGA